AAUGACGUAUGGUGGGAAGCAUUUCUGCCCUGGACAAGCGGGAGGUGUAAGAAAUGCUUUCAUGCGGCAGUUGUGGUACAGUAACAGUUGUUCAGUCGUGGCAUGAGCGAUUGUAAGACACGACAGUCAGUGAGGGCACGAAAGCAAAGGAGUUGCACAAAGAUGGAAGACCAUUUGAUAGAGGACGAGACGGUCUUUUACUCGAAGGCAGAACACUACUGGAGGGAGGUCCCGCCCACUGUGGAUGGAAUGCUGGGAGGUUAUGGCAGCAUUUCCAGCAUUGACAUUAAUGGCUCCAAAAAGUUCCUCCAAGAAUUCCUUGGGGAAGGCCAGGGUAAAACUGGGACAAGCUGCGCUCUGGACUGUGGGGCUGGAAUUGGCCGUAUCACCAAGCGACUGCUCCUGCCGCUCUUCCGGACGGUGGACCUAGUGGAUGUCACUCAGGAGUUCCUGGAUAAAGCUCGUACAUAUCUGGGUGAGGAGGGCAAGCGGGUGGAGAACUACUUUUGCUGUGGUCUGCAGGACUUUCAGCCCCAGCCAGAACGCUAUGAUGUCAUUUGGAUUCAGUGGGUGAUUGGCCACUUGACUGACGACCACCUGGUGGAAUUUUUAAGGCGUUGCCGGAGCGGUCUGCGUCCAGAUGGCCUCAUUGUAGUGAAGGAUAAUGUUGCGUAUGAAGGUGUAAUACCUGAUGAUGUGGACAGCAGCGUGUGUCGGGACCUGAAUGUACUACACAACAUAGUGGCCAGGGCUGGACUCAACAUCAUCUUUGAGGAGCAGCAGCAGAACUUCCCUGAGGAGAUCUAUCAGGUCCACACUCUCGCUCUCAGAUAGCUGCGAGCAUCGAGUGUAUGCCUGUUUGUUUGAAAGCCAAUGAAUGUGAGAUGAAAUCGUGUAGGAUCUAUGUUAGCUACACCAGGCUACUUAUUACUGCCAAUGUGAUUGCUGUAUUUAAAAUAGCACAAGACUGAAACAUGACUGUGGACCUUGAGUCUGUAAGGAGAGGAAGUUGGAAGGUUCCAGUUGACCUCUAAACCAUAUAUAAAACAUAGAUAAUGUUACAGCUUGGAUUCAUAGCUGUCAUGAGUAAAUGCAUAAGUGGCUAAAAGUUUUACACUCAACUUCAUAUUCAGUGCAAAGUCUGGGGAUGUAGGGUUUUAUCACAGAUGAAAAAAAAAAAAAACCCAUGUAAGACAAACAAUCAUGAAAAAAUAUAAUCAAUGCACAUCACACCUUGUAUUAAAAAGUGGAUAUCCUGAAGACUUAAAGGAAUUCAAAUUAAAAUUCUCUCAAUUUACUCACCCUCAUGCCAUCCCAGAUGUGUAUGUCUUUCUUCAGCAGAACACAAAUGAAGUUUUUUUUUUUUAGAACAAUAUUUCCACUCUGUAGGUCCAUACAAUGCAAGUGAAUGGUGUCCAAAACUUUGAAGCUCCAAAAAAGCCCAUAAAGGCAGCAUAAAAGUAAUGAAUAUGACUCCAGUGGUUUAAUCCAUGUUUUCUGAAGUGAUCCAAUUGGUUUUGGGUGAGAACAGACCAAAAUGUAACUCCUUUUUCAUUGUACAUCUUGCCAUUACAGUCUCUUAACACAAUCAUGAUUUCAAUCUCGAUUACACUUCCUGAUGCUUGAUGCAUGUGUUAAUUGUAAUCAAGCUUGAAAUCAUUAUCGCAAAGGAGACUACUGAUGUCAAGAUUUAUUGUGAAAAACAAUAAGUUAUAUUAUGGUCUGUUCUCAUCCACAACCAAUUGGAUCGCUUCUGAAGAUAUAGGUUUAAGCACUGGAGUUGGAUGGAUUACUUUUAUGAUGCUUUUAUGUGCUUUUUGGAGCAUCAAAGUUUUGAUCACCAUUCACUUGCAUUGUAUGGACCUACAGAGCUGAAAUAUUCUUCUAAAAAUCUUUGUGUUCUGCAGAAGAAAAAAAGUCAUACACAUCUGGGAUGGCAUGAGGGUGAGUAAAUGAGAGAAUUUUCAUUUUUGGGUGAACUAUUCCUUUAAGACUAAGUUAAAACAGAGUGUAGCAUGUAGCUGUGGGUUUGAACAGUGUGAUUGAAAACCUUUUUAAUAAAUUAUGAGAAGUUGAGUCUAUACAAGUUAAUGUUACAUUUUAGUAUGAGUGUCUUAUAUUUUAUAGCUUUUGACACAACUCUCAAAUGAGCACAUUUUAUUUUGCCUUGAAUAAAGUAAUAUUUUGGAGCUG